UGUCCUCUUCCGGUCUCUCUCAGAAACACGAUGACGCAGGCGGAGAGGGAGCAGGAUAAUGGCAAAGAGAAGGAGAGAGACCGGGACCGGGAAAAAGAGAAGGAAAAGGAGAAGGAGCAGCGCGGUGUUAAGAGGCCUAUAAUGCCACCUGCGAUCCCGGAGCCCGUACAGGAGCAAAUCCAGAGCAACUUCAUGGUGGUGAUCAAUCCAGGGUCUAAAAACCUGCGGAUCGGUCGAGCCACAGACACGCUGCCCGCCGCCAUCCCACAUGUCAUUGCCCGGCGACUCAGACACCCUGGACAGUCCCGAUAUGAAGACCCCUGGCUCCUCAGAGAGGGUCUCGAUAGACCAGAAAGCAGUGAACAAAGACAAAAUGGCCUUAAAAUGGUGGAUCAGGCAAUAUGGUCCAAGAAGAUGUCCAAUGGGGUUAGAAGAACCCCGGUCUCGGCAGAACAGGCAAGGUCGUACAACAGGCAGGUGCGUGCAGCAGUGCUGGAGUCCAGCUCCGGAGUGAAGUGGACUAAUACAUCGCACCAGCCUGAGUUCCUGGUAGGGGAAGAGGCUUUGUAUGUGAACCCUGCAGACUGUUACAGCAUCCACUGGCCCAUCCGCAGGGGUCAGCUCAAUGUGCACCCUAGGCCGGGAGGGUCUCUCACUGCCGUUCUAGCUGACCUGGAGGCCAUAUGGUCGUACAGCAUACAGAAGCUUCUGGAGAUACCUUUGAAAGAUCUCAAGUAUUACAGAUGCAUCUUGUUGGUCCCAGAUAUCUACAACCGACAGCAUGUAAAAGAAUUGGUCAACAUGCUCCUGGUGAACAUGGGCUUCUCAGCUAUAGUGGUUCACCAGGAGUCUGUGUGUGCCACUUUUGGCAGUGGUCUGAGCAGCGCGUGUGUGGUGGACGUGGGAGAUGAGAAGACCAGCGUGUGCUGCGUGGAGGAUGGAGUCUCCCAUCGCAAUUCCAGACUGUGUCUGGCGUACGGUGGUUCCGAUGUGACGAGGUGCUUCUUUUGGCUGCUGCAGAGAGUCUCCUUCCCAUUCAAAGAAUGUCAGCUUUCCAACAGGCUUGACUGUAUGCUCCUGCAGCAGCUCAAGGAAAGCUUUUGUCACCUGGACCAGGACAUUUCAGGCCUCCAUGACCAUGAGUUUCGUACCCGAUUCCCUGACUCUCCUACUCUACUCUACCAACUCCGGUUGGGAGAUGAAAAGCUGCAGGCGCCAAUGGCCCUCUUCUACCCGGCAACUUUUGGGAUUGUGGGUCAGAAGAUGACUUCGCUGCAACAUCGAUCUCAGGGUGACCCUGCAGACCCCCAUGAUGAACACUACCUGCUGGGUACGCAAAGCAGACAAGACCAGUCCUCCAAAGCCAUCGCAGAACGCAAAGCCCUGCCUAAGACAAGCGGUUUUGACGGCGAGCAGAGCAGCCAGGGCACUGAUCUCCCUGAGCGUGGGACUCUUAUUCAGGAUGUUGAUCUGGGGCAUUCCCAUGGUGACUGUCUGAUCGGGGGUGCCGAGCUGGAGGAGCCGCCAUCUGCGCUGCUGUCCAGAAAGACUGCCAUGACACAGUUUGAGGGAAAGGCCCUCGGUUUGGACAAGGCCAUCCUGCACAGCAUCGACUCCUGCGCCUCUGAUGAGACUAAAAGGAAGAUGUACAGCUCCAUCCUGGUUGUGGGUGGAGGCCUGAUGUUUCAAGGGGCUCAGGAGUUUCUCCAACAUCGCAUUCUCAACAAGAUGCCCCCCUCCUUCCGCAGGGUGGUAGAGAACGUGGAGGUCAUCACACGACCCAAGGACAUGGACCCACGGUUGAUCGCCUGGAAGGGCGGAGCAGUGCUGGCCUGUCUUGACACCACCCAGGAGAUGUGGAUUUACCAGAGAGAGUGGCAGCGUUUCGGUGUCCGUAUGCUGAGGGAGAGGGCUGCAUUCGUCUGGUGACCCCCAACCCCCCACCCCCUCCGAGAAGUUGUCUGUGGAGACCUUCCUUCCCUCAGUAUGAGUGGUUGUCUGCUACGAUUGUCACUCGUCACAUUCACAGACUGUAUAUAAAUCUUUGCCUUUUUCAAGGACACUUUUAUUUGUAUUUUCCCUGUGGGGAGUUUCCUCCCUUUGUAAAAUUUAAACUGGAUUAAAUUUUGGCAGUAAAACUU